AUGACCAUGAGCUCCGUGGCCGAGAGCCUGCUGGGGCCCGAUCCCUCCAAAGCCGCUUUCCUGGAGCUCGGUCACCCCUCGCCGCCGCACUACCCGCUGCACGGCCUCCACCCCGCCGGCCACCCCCAGCACGACCCGCCGCCCUUCGCCUCCUACGGCCGGCCCGGGCCCUACCCCUACACCGGCGGUGCCCCCCCGCCGCCCCACGGGGGUCCCUACCUGCCCUACCCGCCCCCCGGCGCCCCGCAUCCCCCGGCCGGGCUGGCCCACGGCUCCAGGCUGCAGGACGCAGAGCAUGAGAAGCCCCCGGCCGUCGCCAACGGGGAGCUGCGCAUCAACGGCAAAGGGAAGAAGCUGCGCAAGCCCCGCACCAUCUACUCCAGCCUGCAGCUGCAAGCCCUCAACCAGCGCUUCCAGCAGACCCAGUACCUGGCGCUGCCGGAGCGUGCGGAGCUGGCGGCCCAGCUGGGGCUCACCCAGACCCAGGUGAAGAUCUGGUUCCAGAACAAGCGCUCCAAGUACAAGAAGAUCAUGAAGCAGGGCUCCAGCGCGCCCGACGGGGAGCACCUCCACACCGCCACCUCCCUCUCCCCCUGCUCCCCCAACGUCCCCCCGCUCUGGGACAUCCCCAUGCCGGGCAAAGGGCCCCCCCUGGCCCCCAGCAGCUACAUCAACAGCUUCGGAGCCUGGUACCAGCCGCACCCGCAGGACGCCAUCCCCCGGGCCCCCAUGAUGUGA